AUGCCGAAGGAUCCCAAGCUAGUCGAGUGGAACGGCCCCGAUGAUCCUGAGAAUCCACAGAACUUUUCUCCAUCCAAGAAAUGGCUUAUCACCGUGUUGUUCAGCUCGAUGACAACGUGGGUGACCUUUUCCAGUAGCGUUUUCAGCGCUGCUGUCGAAGUUACCGCAAAGGAAUACCACGUUUCCAACGAGGUGACGACCUUAGGAACGAGCUUAACCCUUCUGGGAUUUGCCCUUGGUCCGUUAAUUUGGGGCCCCAUGUCCGAGCUCUACGGCCCCUUCAAGCCACUAUAUCUCGGAUAUGCCGUUUUCGUAAUUCUCCAGAUCCCAGUUGCGGUAGCUCAGAAUCUAGAGACGAUUCUAGUAUGUCGCUUUCUCGUUGGCUUUUUUGGAACCUCUCCAUUGGCCGCCGUCGGCGGCGCAUUCGUCGACUUCUGGGGCCCCUUGGAUCGAGCUAUGGCCGUUUGCUUGUAUGCCGCUGCCACCUUUGUCGGACCGAUUUUCGGACCUAUUAUGUCUUUCCUGACACCUCGACACCAUGCAUUGGUGGAGCCUCACAGUGGUGGAUUUCUAGUCGACUCCCAUCUUGGGUGGCGUUGGACGGCGUGGAUUACUAUGAUUGCGUCUUCAUUCUUCGGUAUCAUAGCGUUCUUCAUCACACCAGAAACGUACCAUCCGGUUCUACUGCACCAGCGGGCAGCGAAAUUAAGGACUGACAGGAAUGACCCGGCCUAUUAUUCCCUGCUCGAUAGGAGUGCGCCGACCUUUCGAGACGUCUUAACCAAAUACCUCUUUCGGCCAUUCCAGAUGCCUGCGAUGAAGCCAAUACUCGUCUGUUUCACUAUCUACAUCUCUCUUAUCUAUGGCGUGAUGGUGGGCAUCAUUAUUGGUGGUAUCUUUAUUACUAUCACAACUAAGACUUACUACGCUCGGAAAUUGCACGGCGGUGCGGUCCGACCCGAAGACCGUCUUCCUUCUAUGAUACCCAUGGGGGUACUCUUUCCUGCGGGGCUGUUCUGGUUUGCCUGGACCUCGAAUAGCUCGGUCCCUUGGCCGGUGCAAGUGGUUGCAGAGAUCCCUACUGGUGCAGGCAUUCUCGUCAUCUGGUUGCAGGGACUGAAUUAUCUGAUGGACGUAUACUUCAUGUUUGCUAACUCAGCACUCUCAGCAAAUACACUGGUACAUAGUACGGUGGGGGGAGCAUUCCCACUCUUUGCUACGUACAUGUAUGAUACACUGGGAGUGGCUUGGGCUACCUCCCUGUUAGGGUUCCUCAGCGUCGCGAUGAUUCCGAUCCCGUUUGUGUUUUACUUCUACGGGCCUAGGAUCCGGGCUCUGAGCCGAUACACUCCCAAGUUGUAA